AUGACCCUGGGCAUAUUAGGACAGACAGACCUGCCCGAAAGCAUCGUCAUCCGCAAGUACGGCAUGGUGGUUGACGAUGCAAACGUGUUGUUUGGUCUCGUUAGCAAAAGCAACAAGCUGCUCUCCUCCAGCGGCAACGCCAGCGGGAGGGCGUUGCCUGAGAAAUUUAGUACCCAGACCUUUCGCGUCUGUCAGGGAGCCGCCAAAGAUGAUAGUAUGGUAGUCGCUUGGGCGGAAGACGACGGCACCAUCGAGCUGUCGGGGGGCAACCCUGUCGAGUACGAGUCGUCCUCGUCCAGCGGCGGACAUUCAGUGAUGAGGCUCCGGCACCUGAACAGCACGCCGCUCGACAUCGGGGAGUGGGAGAGGCUGCAAUCCUUUACUCGUCUGUGGAAGAGGCUGGGGUGUACCAUCAGGGAGGCCGACUCAGCACUUACGGCCAUCAGCAAGAAAUCAUCCUGA